CUGACUACUGAACUUAGCUAGCAGCCUUUUACCUUAGGAGGCACUUCUUUCCUGGAAUAACAACAUGAACCAACGUCCCAAAAUGAUUUUAACUCGGUUUUCACUCAAUAUGCCACGGCUAAUUUAGGGAAAGAUGGGGACCGUCUGUUCGGCUUCAGCGUUUUAGCUGUUAGGGCUGUUUUUUUUGCUGAGUCCAUUUUGCGUGUAAUUGGAAGUGGAAAAGACAAAGAAAAGAGCUUCCCAAUAGCUAGAAUGGUUUGGGCCUAAAAAGCAGACAAGAGCAACAUGAACCGUGAGGACCGGAAUGUGCUCCGAAUGAAAGAAAGAGAAAGGAGAAAUCAAGAAAUCCAGCAGGGAGGAGGCGAGGCCUUUCCAGCAAAUUCCCCCCUUUUCCCAGAGCCUUACAAAGUGUCCAGCAAAGAAGAUAAACUGUCCAGCCGUAUUCAGAGCAUGCUGGGCAAUUACGACGAGAUGAAAGAACCGAUUGGCGAGACCCUUCCGAAGCUUAGCACAAAACCUACGAACAGCUCGUCUUCCUCGGAGGAGAAAUCGGGCCCGCCUUUGUUUGCUGGCGACCAGCGAGGAGGCGGCAGCAGCCAGAGCAGUAAGUGGACUCCUGUAGGCCCCGCAUCAGCAGCCUCCUCAUCCCAGUCUCAGAAACGCUCCGGACUCCAGGGGGGGCACAGUAGCCAGAGGGGCAACGGUGGUAGUAGCGGCAGCAGCAGCAGCGGAAGCCAAAGACACAGCGGAGAGGUGCGGGAAAAAAAGUCGAGUAAACACAGCGGAGGGUCCGAUCACUCAAAGUCUCACACAUCCAGUCCGGCGAAGGGCUCUCUGAGCUCGUCCGGCGUCAACAGCCACUCGCGGAGCUCGUUGGCCGCUGAGCAGCACCACAGCAAGGAACGCUACAGGUCCAAGUCCCCCCGAGACCGAGAGGCCAACUGGGACUCGCCCUCGCGGCUUCACACCGCCUUCCCCAGCGGACAGCACUCCAAUCAGGCCUUCCCCCCUUCGCUCAUGUCCAAACCGGGCUCCAUGCUUCAGAAGCCCACGGCCUAUGUGAGGCCUAUGGACGGCCAGGAGACAGCGGAAGCCAAGAGCUCACAAGCGGAAAGCUACAGCGGGCAGUCGCACAGCAGCACUAUGGGGGAGAUGAAGUCUAAUGGCAAAGCCUCGCUGACCAAACUCAAGAUCCCCUCGCAGCCUGUAGAGGGGUCUGGGGACGCCAACUGCGUGGACGAGAUUCUGAAGGAAAUGACUCAGUCCUGGCCCCCUCCAUUGACAGCUAUCCACACCCCCUGCAAGACAGAGCCCUCCAAGUUUCCGUUCCCUACCAAGGAUUCUCACUCCUUUGCAAAGCGAGGCAGUUCUUCCAAGAGCUCAAGCAGCCACCAGUCCAAAGCUUGUGAUGACCAGCCAACUAUGCUGGAAGAUGACCUGAAGCUCAGUAGUAGCGAGGACAGUGAUGGAGAGCAGGACUCUGCCAAGAACAUCUCAAGAAACAAAUCAGAAAGCAAUAACAGCGAAGGACCUGAGCAGUCCAGAGAUGACUCCAGUAGCCACAGCGGCUCAGAGAGUAGCUCGGGUUCGGACAGUGAGAGCGAGAGCAGCACAACGGACAGCGAGGCCAAUGAACCGCCACGGCCUGCUUCUCCCGAGCCUGAACAACCAAUGGCCAACAAGUGGCAGCUGGACAACUGGUUCAAGAAGGCUAAGCAGUUCUCUCCAGCGUCACCGUUGGACAGCAACAACGUCCAAACCAAGAGCAAAAAAGAGGGUAGAGAUAACAGCUCAGGUCGAGGCUACAGCAGUCAGGGCGGGGGAUCGAAGGAUUCCUCAGCACCGGCACCAAGCAGGGACCUUCGGGCAGCGCAAAAAGGUGGCGAGAGUGGCCGCGGUCGCCAGAAAUCUCCUGCCCAGAGUGAAAGCAGCACGGGUAACCGGAGGCCUGUGGGGAAGAAACAGCCUAAAAAGUCUGAAAAGCCCCCAGUGGUGGAGGAGCCGAAGGGAGGCCUGAGGGUGGAAAGCGAACCAACUCCUGAGAUCCCGCCGCACCGGCCCAAAGCCGCCACCAAGGGUUCCCGCAAGCCGAGCAUAAAAAAGGAACCGAAAUCCUCUCCACGACCUACCACAGCUGCCGCCGCCGCCUCCGUGGACAAGCGCAAGGCCAAGGCCGGCUCCAAGUCGUCUCGCGAAAAGUCUCGAGAGUUUGUCACGAACUCGUCGUCGUCGGACUCCGAAGGAAACGACAGCAUCCCGUCCUCGUCUCAGACACCCAAAUACACUGAGAGCAUCAGGACGCCUGUGUGCGUGUUCUCCCCGAUGGAGGAGAAAGAGCUGCUGUCUCCUUUAAGUGACCCGGAGGAGCGCUACAUCACAAGGCAGCCUCCGCAGCAGGUUUUGAUAGUCAAGAUAGAUCUCAGCUUGCUAUCUAGGAUCCCCGGGCGGCCAUACAAGGAGCCCGCUGAGAUAAAAGUGGAGCGGGACGACUCCCAAGACAGGGACAGCAAGGACUUCAGCAAGCAGAGCUCUGAGAAGAGCUCAAGCAAGGCCAAGAGGAAGCACAAGAAUGAUGAGGAAGGCACCAAGCCAGACAGCAAGCGAUGCAAGUUGGAGGAAAAGUCUCAAUCACAUCAUAAAAGCAGCAGUAAAGAAUCCAAGAGGUCUUUGGAGAAGAAAGAGGAGCCUGUCCCUUCUCCGUCAAUGGCGGGUCUCCAGCGCACGCCUAAAGCAGAGCAUCCGAGUCGGAAGAGGACCAUCAGCCAAUCGUCCACGUCGCUGUCCAGCGGGGCGGGGAGCGGCAAGGAAGGGGGGCACAGCACCAAGAGCACCUCCACCUCCAAGCACAGAAAAGGCGAGGACAAGGGACGCAGCACUCGGGAUGGCAAGGAGAAAUCCUCAAAGGGCUGCGAUAACCAGCUGGCUGUGCCGCCGCUCUCCACCGACGGCUCCAAGUCUCAAAGAUCCAAGCUGCCUUUUGAGGAUAGGGCCCAUUCAGCAGAUCACUACUUGCAAGAGGCCAAGAAACUUAAACACAAUGCGGACGCACUGCUGGACCGUUUCGAGAAGGCCAUCUACUACCUGGAUGCGGUGGUGUCAUUCAUUGAAUGCGGCAACGCCCUUGAGAAGAGCGCACAGGAGGCCAAGUCUCCCUUUCCCAUGUAUGCUGAAACGGUGGAGCUUAUCAAGUACACAAUGAAGUUAAAAAGUUACAUGGCUCCAGAUGCGACACCAGCAGAUAAGCGUGUAGCGGUUCUUUGCCUAAGAUGCCAGUCUCUCCUCCAUCUACGGUUGUUCAAGCUGAGGAAAGACAGCGCUCUGAAAUACUCCAAAACACUUACGGAACAGUUAAAGAACUCUCUGAGUAACACCCAGGCUCCCUCUCCUGGCAUGGGAAACAAAGCAGCAGGAAUGCCCUCGCCGGUGUCUCCUAAACUGUCACCGGGCACGGCUGGCGGCUACUCAUCAGUGAGUAGCAGCAGCAGCGCCAGCUCAUCUGUGACCAUACCUCAGCGUAUCCACCAGAUGGCCGCCAGCUACGUGCAAGUCACCUCCAACUUCCUCUACGCCACUGAGGUGUGGGACCAGGCGGAGCAGCUGUCAAAGGAGCAGAAAGACUUUUUCCAGGAGCUGGACAAAGUGAUGGGUCCUCUCAUCUUCAACACCAGCAGCAUGACAGACCUGGUGCGUUACACCCGCCAGGGCCUCCAUUGGCUGCGUCUGGACGCCAAGCUUGUUCCCUAGCGAGGGCUUUUUUGGCCUACACGCACAGCCACACCUCAGUGACACGCCCUCAACUCGCACAGCCCACCUCCGGUCUUCUCAUAUGCGGACACACACGUGUUGAUGAACCUCUUACACAUAUCUGCAAAGUGUGUGUGUCCUUUUUUAUCUACACCAGCUUGCCAAAAACUGAGCAAAUUGGAACAUCUCAAACCGCCGACUGCACCUCCCAGGGAGAAGCUUACCAUCUUUCACAUAUCCACAUCUUAAAAGAUUUGUCCCUGAAGCGCUAGAAGAUUUAUUUAUUAUUUAUUCCCUGGGCUUCAGUUAACAGGCUACUUUUUGUUUGUUUUUCCACCAAAGUACCUCCCAUGAAACACCAAAGGUGCUUUAGAAUUUUCAAAUGAAGGUUUCUCUUUAUGGUUUUUGUGCCUUCUAUGUAAGAUACAGGAAAACAAACCAGUCCCCGCAGUCACAUUUGGAUAUGAUAUCUCAUUACAUUUCAUCUGUUUUUAAACAUGCGCCAGCAACUUUUGCUUCUUCUGACCGAGCUUCCGCACAUCAACUUUAAUGUCACCCGGAAAUGAGUUAAGGGCUACUGCGCACUUGAUUUUAGCAUUAAAUAUCAUGUUUUUAACACAAAUUCCAUGAAACCGAAUUAUCACUUACAUGUAAUGGAGCAGCGUGGCCUCUAGGGGUCACCAUUGGGGCCUUUUUUUUAAGGCUCAUAGUAAUAAGAUUUAUUGCUGUUUGAGGCACAGGGAGUUGGCCGUUCUUCCCUUACAAAUGGUUUCCCUCUGUAGCCAUUGAGGAAAAAGUCACUUCCGUACAGUGUUGGCCCAUUUUUUUAACCUCUUGUUUGCCCAGAGUGUAUUUUUGUAACUCACAGCAGGGAGUGUUUAAAGCGGCACAGUGUGGUAUCCACAAAUAUGCCCUUAUUUACAAUAGGGGUGUAUAAAAGGUGGGCCCCCGUGGAAACCAAUUUGAAGUUGUUAUAAUCACCUCUUUUAUCAGCAGUGUUACAUUCAUAGAAUAAAGUAAGAGUAUAUAUUUCAAAUAGGCUUAACAGCCAAAAUAGAUUUAUUUAUCUAUACUAGGCAAACAAGUUUAAAACCAUUCGACAGGUUUUAAUUAUAGAAUGGGCAAUUGUUUCUAUUUUAAACAAUUCAAAUCCUAAUUGUGCUUGUUAAGACAAGAGUACAAGUAAAAAGAAGGUGAGCAGAUAUUCACUGUGUUCAGUUUUAACUAAGGAUGCUCAUAAUUAAUUAGCUGAUUGAAUUACACUAAUUAACACUGUCGAGAGGCGCUGUUUGCUAUGGCAAAACAACUCACAGUAGCAUUGUUCCACUCAAUACACUUUUGACAUGGAAACAGGAGUUAAGAACAUUCACAACGAGCUUAAAAAAAAAAAAAAAUUAAAAUGACUAAAUGGUGAUGAGUCUUUUCCCAAUAGUUGAUCAAGGAAAUGUAGUCAAAUGUAGUCUUGCCGUCCCAAAGUUGGGAUCAUUUGGAAUUACAACCAUAAUCAAAGCAAACGUAAUGCUUUUUUUUUUUUUAAUGGUGACAUAAUGGACAAAACCAAGGAAUACUAGGGCCAUAUGGGGGGUAAAAACACUGAGAAUAAAUUGUACUUUUUUUUUUUUUUUUAAGAAGUAAAGGGAUAAUCUUGCAGAAGGGUCUAAUUUUACAAGGAAAACUCUUAUUAAAAUAAAACACUUUUUUAGGAAAAAAAAUUCAAACUUGCAAGAAUAAAACAUUUUUUUAAUAUGAGCGCAAUCUGACAAGAAUAAAGUCAUAAUUUUUGUUGUAAAACUCUCACUUUCUCUGAUUACGUCCGUAUCAGGAAAAAAUGUUUUUUUUUUAAUUAUUUAAAUGACUGUGUAUAAGUUUGUGACUUUCUAUACAACUUUAUUCUCUGAAAUUAAUUCCCAUAGUACAAUUCUUGUUUUUCUUUUCAUUGUGGCCCUCGUAUCCCUUAUUGACGGAAAAAGCCUUUCAUCUUAAGGACUGUCCCUCCUUGUAGCUCCAUCAGAUUUGAUCACCUACAGUGUAGCUCUGUUGACCUCAUUGCUGUUCUCACUCUUCACCGGCUCCUCGUCCUCCCAUCUUAGGAGGACCAAACUGUUUUUCCUCUUACACUUGAAAAAGACAAAAAAAAAGAAGUUAUUUUUAAACUAUGCAGGAUUUUUAUUUUAUUUUUUAACAAAGAGCAUCAAUUUCUGUGGAUUUUUUUGUGAUUUAUUUUUUUUAUUUAAAAGAAACUCAAAUGCCUUUUUUGCAAUGUAGUGUACUAGUUUAGUACAUACAUAUAUGUAUAUACUGUAUGUAUAUGUAGGUACACAUACACACAUGCAUAUAUAUAUAUAUAUAUAUAUAUAUAUAUAUAUACACACACACUGUACUGUAUAUACAUACACGUGUGUGUAUAUACACAUUGGUGUGAAGUGUUUGGGAGGAAGGGAGGAAAAAAAUCUAAACCUACAUGGCCCUGUUUGAAAAAGUGAUUGCUCCCUAAACCUAAUAACUGGUUGGGCCACCCUUAGCAACAACACCUGCAAUCAAGCAUUUGUGAUAACUUGCAAUGAGUCUCUUACAGCGCUGUGGAGGAAUUUUGGCCCACUCAUCAUUGCAGAAUUGUUGUAAUUCAGCCACACUGGAGGGUUUUCCAGCAUGAAGCGCCUUUUUAAGGUCAUGCCACAGCAUCUCAAUAGGAUUCAGGUCAGGACUUUGACUAGGCCACUCCAAAGUCUUCAUUUUGUUUUUCUUCAGCCAUUCAGAGGUGGACUUGCUGGUGUGUUUUGGAUCAUUGUCCUGCUGCAGAAACCAAGUUUGUUUCAGCUUGAGGUCACGAGCAGAUUGCCAGAUAUUCUCCUUCAGGAGGUUUUGGUAGACAGCAGAUUUCACAGUUCCAUUUAAUACAGCAAGUCUUGCAGGUCCUGAAGCAGCAAAACAGCCUCAGACCAUCACACUACCACCUCCAUAUUUUACUGUUGGUAUGAUGAUCUUUUUCUGAAAUGCGGUGUUUCUUUUAUACCAGAUAUAAUGGGACACACACCUUCCAAAAAGUUAUUUUGUCUCGUCAGACCACAGAAUAUUUUCCGAAAGGUUUGGGGAUCAUCAAGUUGCUUUCUGGCAAAAUUGAGACGAGCUUUAAUGUUCUUUUUGUUCAUCAGUGGUUUUCGUCUUGGAACUUUGCCACGCAGGCCAUUUUUGCAGUGUCUUUCUUAUGGUGGAUUCAUGAACACUGACCUUAACUGAGAUAAGAGAGGCCUGCAGUUCCUUGGAUGUUGUUGUGGGGUCUUUUGUGACCUCUUGGAUGAGUCGUCGCUGCACUCUUGGGGUCAUUUUGGUUGGCCGGCCACUACUGGGAAGGCUCACCACUUUUGUUCACCACUCAUGUUUUCGCCAUUUGUGGAUAAUGGCUCUCAUUGUGGGUUUGCUGGAAUCCCAAAGCUUUAGAAAUGGCGUUAUAACCUUUUCCAAACUGUUAGACCUGAAUUAAUCAGUUAUGUUUUAACAGGGGGGCCAUCACUUUUUCACACAGGGCCAUGUAGGUUUGGGGGUUUUUUCUCUUAAGAUUUAUUUGGAAAAAAAACUGCAUUUUGUGUUCAGUUGUGUUGUCAUUGACUAAUAUUGAAAUUUGUUUGAGCUGAAACAUUUAAGUGUGACAAACAUGCAAACACUUUCUCACACCACUGUGUGUGUGCGUGUGUGUGUGUGUAUAUAUAUAUAUACUGUAUAUAUACACAGUAUAUAUACAUACAUACAUAUGUAUAUGUGUAUAUGUAUAUAUGUGUGUGUGUGUGUGUGUGUAUGUGUGUGUGUAAAUAGAUGUGUUUUAUAAGAAAAACACAGAUGGUUUGUGCCAUUCUGUGCCUAAAAUCUGGAGGCCACUUUUUUCUCAUUGGGGAAAAGACCAAAAACUCCUCUCUGGGUUUGUUGCUUAUUUGCCAGGCCAGCCAAUGUGUUCAUACACUGGUACACUUUGUAAGUACAGCUCCUACAUGGAUGUAUAAACUCAAGCAACGUUUUUAACACUUUUUAUUUAUUUUUCUUCUCCCCAACCCCACCCCCUUUUUUUUAUUUUUGUCUAACAUUUAAUGAAAGGUGUAAAUGUAUGGGGGUAAUUCUUGAUGAGAUUUCAUUGUAAGUAGCAAUUAAUAUUGAAUGAAUCCAGGGUAAUUUGUUGUUUUUUUUCCAGUAGGAAGAUGUUAACACUUGCAUGUUUCUAUUUAAAAUGUAUAAAGUGUACAUAUAACAUUUCUUUAAAGGGGUGAAUUUCUACUACCGGCUGACAUUUUUAUUGAAAUUGAAUAUCUGCUGUAAAUAUAUUUGUGAGAUACUUUUAUGCACAUUUUUCUCGUUCUCUCUUUUUUCUGAACUGUUACAGAUGACGCCCACGUCUCUUAAUUGUUUUUUCUUGUUGUGAUCGUAUACUUUUGACCUCUGCUUCACCACCGCCAUCAAUGUUGUCGUCUCUGUAUUUGUAAGGGAAAGUGUUUCCUUUCCCACCCUGUGUACAUUGUUGAUCCUAUGGGUGAUAAUGACGAUGCACAUCGUGUACCAGAGUAUUUAAUACCCUUUUUUAAUGAAUUGGUCACAUCUGUUUCUUAAAUUUUUUCCCCCCAAAAAAGAUAUUUCCCGACAAAGCUGUAGCAAUUUCUACAGUAUCUUAGCCUACAGUAUAUGUACUAUUAGUUUUAAGAUGAAAUAGAUGCUCUAUAUAUGAUGGAUGCAAUAUGACGAAUUCAAAAGGUACUCGUUUGAUCUUCAAACUUUUAGGUCAUGUAAUUUAAAAAGCAUUCUUGUGAAGUGAGUAUUAAUUGUGACUAAUGAGAGUCUGUCCUGAAUAUUCUUUGUAUUUUUUGUCGUAUUGAGAAUAAAAUAUAUAUGAC